UUGAACACUUGGAGUUAGUUUCAUCGUAAUAUUCGUAAUGCCGUCAAUAAUAAACAGAAAUAAAUUUUAUGCAAGCAAGAGUUUAUAGCAAGUAGCCAAUAAUGAGCAAACCUGAGAACAGAGAAGAAUAUUUAGCCAAAAAGAGGGAGCAAGCUAAAUUAUGGUACCAAAAUAUUAAAAAAGACCCAGAAUUGUAUGCAGAAUAUCAGAGGAGAAACAGACUAAAAUAUGAAAAGAGGCUAGCGUGUAAGAGUGAAAUGACACCUACUCAGAAAAGUGUUCAAAGGAAAAAAUGGAGGGAAGAAUCAAAAAGAAGAUAUCAACAAAGGAAAGACAAACAGAGACAGUCUAUGGCAGAAAAUAGACCACCCGAAGGUGAUGUUGAUGCUGUUCAUUUAAUAGAAACAGUAUUAAUAGCGACUCCUGAGAAUAUAGAAGAACUUAUCACCAUAAAGGCGGAAAGUGAGGAUGUAAACUACACUGAAGACGUUUUAACAAUAAAUAUGAAACUUGAGGAUUUAGGCAUUGAAAGCUUUAACGACAAUCCCGAAUUAAAUUUGGAUGAUAUUGAAAAUUGCCAGCAUCCAAUGCAAAGGAUGUCUCCCCUAAGUAAACAUGUAGAAGAAGAAAACAGUGAAGCAGAUUUUUCCACAUUAACGGAAAGUGAGGAGCUAAAUAUUAAUAGCAAUACAGAAUUGAAUGAAAGGACCAAGACGCAAGAAACUAACACCUCUAUAAAAGAAUUGUCAACUGGUAUGCAAACAAUUCAAAGAAAAAACAUAGGAAAAGAAAGACAGCAAAGAUAUCAACCAAAGAAAAACAAAAAAGUGAAACAUAAACCUCAAACCAGGGAAGAACUAUUAGCCAAAAAGAGGGAACGCGAGCGACUAAGGUACCACUAUAUUAAAAACAACCCGGCACUAUAUACAGAAUUCAAAAAGAAGCAAAUUUUAAAAUAUGAAAACAGAAAAGCUAACAAAAAAAUUCUCCACAUAAGUGAGAUGACAACUAUUCAGAAAAGAAAUCAAAGAAAGAAAUGGAGGGAAGUGUCAAAGAGAAGAUAUCAAAAAAUUAAAGAGAAAAAAGCAAGAGAGAAACAGUCAGGGGCUGAAAAUAGUCUACCAGAAGAUGCCAGUUACCCCGUUCAGUUGUUAACUAUUAGAAAAACAAAAGCUGGAAAUAAUGAAAAGAAUAAAGUACUUCCUAUAAGUAAAAUGCCAAUUUCUCAACAAAGUAAGCAAAGGAAGAAAUUUCGAGAGGAAAGAAAGCAAAAAGAUCAAAUAAUGGAAAACAAACCACCAGAACCAGAUAUUUACCCCGUUCAUUUAAUAGAAACCGUAUUGGUACCUAACAUUGAGAAUAUCGAAGAAGUUUUCACUGCAAAGGCGCAAAGUGACGAUGUAGGUGUUAAUUUGGAACUAAAUGAUGAUUUCCAAAAAUUACAUGAAAAUAUUACAAUGCAAAAAGAACACAUUCCUAAUGUAGAAAUGACAUCUCGUAAACAAAAACAUCUAAUGGUGCCAAUAAGAGAAGAAAUAAGAGAUAGUCUUGACACAUAUACAUAUUCUAAAGAAAAACCUAAACAUAAGAACAAUGAAGAAGUUGUUGCCAUAAAAAUAGAAAGUGUUCACUUAAACUAUGAAAACAUUAAUGACAAUCCGGAAUUAAAAUUGGAUGAUAUUGGAAAUUGUCAGCUUCCAAUGCAAAGGGCGUCUCCCUCAAGUGAACACGAAGGCGAAGAAAACAGUAUAGAAGACUUUUCCACAAAAUCAGAAAGUGAGGAGCUAAAUUACAAUACAACACUGAAUUUUUUUAACUAUGAAAGAAACGAAACGCAAGAGAAUAAUACCCCGAUAAUAGAAUCGUUGACGAGUAAGCAAACAAUUCAAAGAAGAAACCUAGGAGAAGAAGGGAACAGUGCAUAUCAACCAAAGAAAGAUAAAAAGGAGAAACGUAAACCUCAGAGCCGGGAAGAACAAUUAGCUAAAAAGAGGGAACGCGAGAGACUAAGGUACCACAGUAUCAAAAACAAUCCGGAACUAUAUACAGAACUUAAAAAGAAGCAAAGUUUAAAAUAUGAAAACAGAAAAGCAACCAAAAAAAUUCUCAACAUAAGUGAGAUGACACCUACUCAGAAAAGAAAUCAAAGAAAGAAAUGGAGGGAAGUGUCAAAGAGAAGAUAUCAAAAAAUUAAAGAGAAAAAAGGAAGAGAGAACAAUGAAGAAGUUGUUGCCAUGAAAGAAAGUAUUGAAUUAAACUAUGAAAACAUUAAUGACAAUCCAGAAUUAAAAUUGGAUGGUAUUGGAAAUUGUCAGCUUCCAAUUCAAAGGGCUUCCUCAAGUGAACACGAAGGAGAAGAAACCAGUAUAGAAGACUUUUCCAUAAAAUCGGAAAGUGAGGAGCUAAAUUACAAUACAAUACUGAAUUUUAACUAUGAAAGAAACGAAACGCAAGAGACUAAUACCCCGAUAAUAGAAUCGUUGACGAGUAAGCAAACAAUUCAAAGAAGAAACCUAGGAGAAGAACGGAACAGUGCAUAUCAACCAAAGAAAGAUAAAAAGGAGAAACGUAAACCUCAGAGCCGGGAAGAACAAUUAGCUAAAAAGAGGGAACGCGAGAGACUAAGAUACCACAGUAUCAAAAACAAUCCGGAACUAUAUACAAAACUUAAAAAGAAGCAAAGUUUAAAAUAUGAAAACAGAAAAGCGACCAAAAAAAUUCUCAACAUAAGUGAGAUGACACCUACUCAGAAAAGAAAUCAAAGAAAGAAAUGGAGAGAAGAGUCGAAGAGAAGAUAUCAAAAAAUUAAAGAGAAAAAAGAAAGAGAGAAACAAUCAGGGGCUGAAAACAGUCCGCCAGAAGAUGGCAGUGACCCCGUCCAGUUAUUAGUUAUUAGGAAAACUAAAGCAGUAAAUGUGAUCUUAUGAGGAUUUGUGAGCACCAUUGUUCACCGUUUGUUCAGUGUCAUCACAUCAAGAACUUUUGUACUGUUGUUUAGUAAAAUGUCCCAUUUUUGUCGGUUACCAUUAAGGCGAGAUUUACUUGUAUCUUUAUAUGAAUAAACUGACAAAGUGGCUUUAUAGCAAUCGACAAAGUGGGACGUUUUCCCAUGCACACUGACAUAUUAUUAUAAUUAAGAGACUAUAAAAAUCAAACAUUUGUUGUGGUUUUUUUGUCAAUAAUAUGAAGGUGGUUGACCAGAUAUUGAUCUGCCUGUUUUUAUUAGUUUAAGUUAUUUAUUGGUGCCAAUUUUAUUUAAGAAUACACAUAAUCUAAUAAUUUUAUGACUCCAUUGAUCUUACUUUCAAUGUAGACUGCUGGGUUCUUCUGCAAAUGCACGGGCCACAGCUCCAUCAGGUCAAUAAAGUUAACCACGCCUUGGCUAAGAGUGUCCACAUACAAGUCGCCAAGCACCUGUAUUAAAAAAAAAGGUGAGGUGUUUUUAUAGCAAAAUUGUGGCGAUUGAGCUUACUGCCCAAGACAAGACCUAUUGGCAAACAUACAGGGUGAUCCAAACCUUGACGUCAAGAUUUUUUGUUAAAUUUCCCGCAUCAUGGGCUAUCAGAAUAUACCCCCAUGUAUAUUAGCCGGUUUUCUGUACUUUUCGAGUUACGAAUUUUUGAUUUUUUUCCCUUAAAAAAAAAUCAUUUAAAAAAAGAACUGUUGAGUUUUUUUGCUAGUUUCUUUUUGCAUAAUCAUCACUACAAACGAAGUAUUUACUGAAAAAAAACCAGCGUCGUCACUUUGAUGCAAGUUGGAAUAAAAUACCAAUUUCAAAGUUGUACGUUCAAAGUUUUAUCACUUUUUUUUUGCUAAAAGCAGAAGGCGAAAAUCAUUCGGGUAGAUGGUAUUUUGUUAUUUAAGUACAAAAUGUAAGUUUGAUACAUUUUGAAAGUAAAAGUUAGUAUUUUUUUAUCCAACUUGUAUCAAAGUGAGGACGUUGAUUUUUUUUUUCCAGUAAAUACGCCGUUCGUAGUGAUGGUUUUACAAAUGGUUUUUUUUUUAAAUAAAUUAAUUACUUCCUCAAGAAUUUCUUACGGAAGAGAAUUUCAAAAAAAAUUGUAACUCGAAAAGUACAAAAAAUCGGCCAAUAUACAUGGGGUAUAUUCUGAUAGCCAAUGACGUUUUUUUGACGUCGAGGUUUGGACCAACCUGUAUAGGUCAUGCGUGAUUGGUUCCAAUCCAAUAUAUUUUUGAUGGCUCAACAAUAAGACUUAUCGAAAUAUUUUCCGUGUUUAUAAUAAUGCCUAAGGUGGCAUAUGCGUCCACUGAAGCCAUAAAUAUGUAUUACCAAUGGACACAUAUAGCACUCUAGUAAUUUAGCAAUGUAAAACAUGGAAAAUGUUUCAAUUAGUUGAAAUUAUCUUCCAGUCAAAAUUGACCGCUGUGAGUACAACAUGUAAUUAUAUUUUGGUUAUUUAAGACGCAAUUCUCCGUUCAAAUACAAACAUUCUCCUGGCUUUUGACUAUUUCCUGGUUUUUGAAGCUAGAGAAAUAAUUUAAGAUUAUUAUUAUUUUUUUGAUAUUCUUAUUUUUAAAGGCGCUAGAGUCCAUCAAAAUUAUCCAAAAACGGCCAAACUGAUUAUGCCGCAAAAAAAAAGUGAUGUUCACUGAAUUUCAUACAUAACAAUUAGCCAAAAAAGAAAUGGUCCGACACAGAUUAUUUCAUUGUUAUUCAGAUACUGAAAUUUCGUUCCCAUUAGUUAAGUUUUGGAGGAGAAAAAAGUCGAGAGUGGUACCUCAGUUUUAAAGAUUUUUUAUGCAAUAUGCUUUACCCGAGUUGUCCAUAAAACACAAUUUUUUUUCUGUAAAUCUAGUCAGUACCACAAGACAGUAUAUUUAACUAAAUUCCCAAAUUGAAAGGGAAAAAUCCUUUUAAUUUUAGCAUUUCACUCUUGUUGCCUCUUAAAAAGUGAUAAUAAUUUAUGAACGCUCAAUCUGUUAUUUUUUCAUCAUUGUUCUUAGUAGAAUGUCUGUUCUUGUUUUUAUUUAACUUUCAACUGUACAUUGCAUAAUUUUUAUGUAUGUGUCUGUAAUACAAUAGACUCAAGAAUGA